GGAGAAGCAGCAGCGAGGCGGCCCCGCGGGUGGUGCGCGGGCCGUCCCCGGGACGCCGGGGCUGCGCGGUGGAUGUGGGAGUAGCGCGGCGGCGGUUCAGGAAUGCAGCAGCCGUGCGGCGGGGACGGGAGGUUCCUGCUGCUCCCGCUGCUCCUGCUGCUGCGGGCGGGCAGCCGGGCGGAGCUGGGAGACUCCACGCAAGGAGCAAAUUCAUCACUUGUUGCUGAUUUCAUGCCUACAUCCUCAUGGAACAUCUCAAGCGAGUUAGAUAAAGAUUACUUCUUGACUCUUGACGAGCCGAUGAACAACAUCACCACCACCUUGGGCCAGACAGCAGAGCUGCACUGCAAAGUCUCUGGGAAUCCUCCUCCCACAGUCCGUUGGCUGAAAAACGAUGCUCCAGUUGUCCAGGAACCCCGGAGAAUUUCCUUCCGUGCCACCAGCUACGGCUCUCGGCUCCGCAUCCGCAACCUGGAUACUACAGACACUGGCUACUUCCAGUGCGUGGCUACUAAUGGCAGGAAGACUGUUUCUACCACUGGGGUGCUGUUUGUCAAAUUUGGUCCCCCGCCAACCGCCAGCCCAGGAUCCUCGGAUGAGUAUGAAGAGGAUGGGUUUUGCCAGCCCUACCGGGGCAUCGCCUGCGCGCGCUUCAUCGGCAACCGAACCAUCUACAUGGAGUCUCUGCACAUGCAAGGGGAAAUAGAAAAUCAGAUUACAGCUGCCUUCACCAUGAUUGGCACCUCCAGCCAUUUGUCAGAUAAAUGCUCCCAGUUUGCUAUCCCUUCCCUCUGCCAUUACGCCUUCCCCUACUGUGAUGAGACCUCCUCAGCUCCCAAGCCCCGGGACCUGUGCCGUGAUGAGUGUGAAAUCCUGGAAAAUGUCCUGUGUCAGACAGAGUAUAUUUUUGCAAGAUCUAAUCCCAUGAUUCUGAUGAGAUUAAAGCUGCCCAACUGUGAAGAUCUUCCCCAGCCAGAUAGCCCUGAAGCCGUCAAUUGUAUCCGCAUUGGGAUCCCCAUGGCAGAUCCCAUAAAUAAAAAUCACAAAUGCUACAACAGCACAGGAGUGGAUUACCGAGGGACGGUGAGCGUGACCCGGUCGGGGCGGCAGUGCCAACCCUGGAACUCCCAGUACCCCCACACUCACACCUUCACUGCCAUCAGGUACCCCGAGCUCAACGGGGGACACUCCUACUGCCGUAACCCAGGCAACCAGAAGGAUGCCCCGUGGUGCUUCACCUUAGAUGAGAACUUCAAGUCUGAACUUUGUGACGUCCCAGCCUGCGAUUAUAAGGAUUCCAAGGAAAAGAAUAAAAUGGAAAUCCUGUAUAUCCUGGUGCCAAGUGUUACUAUUCCCCUGGCCAUUGCCUUGCUCUUCUUCUUCAUCUGCAUCUGUCGCAACAAUCAGAAGUCCUCCUCCCCUCCUGUUCAGAGACAGCCCAAACAUGUCAGAGGACAAAACGUGGAGAUGUCCAUGCUUAAUGCCUACAAACCAAAGAGCAAAGCAAAGGAGCUGCCUCUCUCCGCUGUCCGUUUCAUGGAGGAGCUGGGGGAAUGUGUUUUUGGGAAGAUCUACAAGGGCCAUCUCUACCUCCCAGGCAUGGAUCACGCUCAGCUCGUAGCCAUCAAGACCCUGAAAGACUUUAACAACCCCCAGCAGUGGGCAGAAUUCCAGCAAGAAGCCUCCCUGAUGGCUGAGCUCCACCACCCCAACAUCGUUUGCCUCUUGGGGGUGGUGACCCAGGAGCAACCUGUCUGCAUGCUUUUUGAGUACAUGAACCAAGGGGACCUCCACGAGUUCCUCAUCAUGCGCUCGCCCCACUCAGAUGUUGGGUGCAGCAGCGAUGAGGAUGGGACUGUAAAAUCCAGCCUGGACCACGGGGAUUUCCUCCACAUUGCAGUGCAGAUUGCAGCAGGGAUGGAGUACUUAGCCAGUCAUUUUUUUGUCCAUAAAGACCUCGCCGCUCGGAACAUUUUAAUCGGGGAGCAACUUCACGUGAAAAUUUCCGACCUGGGGCUCUCCAGGGAAAUCUACUCAGCAGAUUAUUACAGAGUUCAAAACAAAUCCCUCUUGCCCAUUCGCUGGAUGCCACCUGAGGCCAUCAUGUAUGGCAAGUUCUCUUCCGAUUCAGAUAUCUGGUCGUUCGGAGUCGUUUUAUGGGAAAUAUUCAGCUUCGGGCUCCAGCCGUAUUACGGAUUUAGUAAUCAAGAAGUCAUAGAGAUGAUCAGGAAAAGACAACUCCUGCCGUGCUCUGAGGACUGUCCUCCCAGAAUGUACAGCCUGAUGACAGAGUGCUGGCACGACCUGCCAUCCCGGAGGCCGCGCUUUAAAGAAAUCCACGCCCGGCUCCGCUCCUGGGAGGGUCUUUCAAGCCACACGAGUUCCACUACCCCCUCGGGAGGGAAUGCCACCACUCAAACAACUUCCCUCAGUGCCAGCCCUGUCAGCAACCUCAGCAAUCCCAGGUAUCCUAACUACAUGUUUCCAGCCCAAGGUAUCCCCCAAGGCCAAAUCGCCGGGUUCAUUGGGCCCCCCAUACCUCAAAACCAGCGCUACAUCCCCAUCAAUGGAUACCCCAUCCCGCCGGGAUACGCCGCCUUCCCGGCCGCCCACUAUCAGCCAGCAGGUCCCCCCCCCAGGGUGAUCCAGCACUGUCCUCCUCCCAAGAGUCGUUCUCCCAGCAGUGCCAGUGGAUCCACAAGCACAGGCCACGUCACCAGUUUGCCAUCUUCAGGCUCCAACCAGGAGGCAAACAUCCCUUUGUUAUCUCACGUGUCGAUUCCCAAUCACCCAGGGGGGAUCGGGAUUACGGUCUUUGGAAAUAAAACUCAAAAACCCUACAAACUUGACUCGAAGCAGUCUGCCCUUUUAGGAGACAGCAGCAUCCACGGACCCAAUGAAUCUAUGAUUUCAGCUGAGUUGUAAAUAAGCGAGGCCGUUGUAAAUAGAACUGCUUGCAGUCCAAAGGAGAAAGUGGUAGAAAAGAUUUAUAUUCAAAUAUUUUAUUAAAGAUUCUUCUGGUUGUUUAACAGACAUUGCAGCAAGUAUCUUCUGUGAAGUUUUUAACUGCUUACCAGGAUGGGCAGGCUCAACCAGACACAGAUCAUUGUGGUAUGGAAACUCAGCUCUGGCAGUGAACGUGUUGUUCCUUUAAGUGCCACCAACGAUUCAAAAAAAAAGGGGGAGGGUUUUUUGUUUGGU